GUGUGGGCCGUCGGUCAACAACCAGGACUUAACUUGCAAGUAGCGAACUCAAAUCAUGUACGAAUCUGACAAAUCCGAACACUCUCCACUUUGACUGAGCAUUUCGGUUUGAUGUUGUCGUUCGUGCGUUCUUUCCGUCGCUGUCGUGGAGUAAUUUCAUAGCGUUUUUUUUAUUAAACUACAAGGACCUGGCCACUGUCCUGGCCUGGGGGUCAAGGGUGGAAAAAUCGCGCAAUUGCCAAGAUGAUGUUCCGCAAUAGUCACUAUCAGGAGGACGUGAAAUAUGUUCUCCAACAGAACUACGUUGUGCUUCGCAUGCUUGGUAUCUGGCCGUCGACCAAUAGACUACCGAACGCGAUCGAGAAAAUAAGCAAUAUUUCCCUCGUGGUUAUCUGCUACUUUCUCCUCCAUUGCGACAUAGUACCGGGUAUUCUCUAUUACGUGUUCGCCGACGACCAGCCGAUCGAGAAGAGGAAAAUGAUGCUGCCUAUUCUGUACUCGAUCAUAGCGAUCGCUAAGUACAGUAAUUUAUUGAUUUUCGGAGGCGAGAUCAGACGUUGUUUGCGGUACAUCAAGGAGGAUUGGCAAACGAUGCUCAUCAGCGGUGCACGAGACAUAAUAAUGGGCAACGCCCAUAUCAGCAGACGGCUGUUCAUCAUAUGUUGCACGUUCAUGUAUUGCAGUGGAGUCUCCUACAAUACGAUAAUGCCACUGUCGAAGGGCAAGAUCGUUACCGAUCAGAACGUCACGAUCAGAUCGCUAUCCUAUCCCGGUUAUUACGUUUUCUUUGACCCGCAGAAUAGUCCGAAUUACGAGAUCGUGUUCCUUCUGCAGUGCCUUUGCGGCAUCGUCAUGUACACGAUUACGGUGACGAUAUGCGGCCUAGCCACGCUCUUCGUCUUACACGCGUGUGCUCAGAUGGAGGUCUUGAUGCGAUUGACGGAAGAUCUUGUCGGUGAGAGUCACUCUGGGCAGAGGGAUGUCGCUGCGAAACUGGCUGCUAUAAUCGAACACCAGAUAAGGAUACGAAAUUUUUUGCAUCUGGUGGAAACUACAUUGCGCUACAGCAACUUAGUCGAGAUAAUCGGAUGUAGCACGAUCAUAUGUCUUGCGGGAUAUUGCGCAAUAGCGGAAUGGGAAGAUAAUAAUCUGGCGGCCCUGAGUUCGUACGUAACUGGUCUCACGUCCGUUAUUAUUAACAUUUUUAUUUUAUGUUAUAUCGGGGAAUACGUGACGACGCAGAACGUUCGGCGACGUAAGCAACGAUAUUAUAUGUGCGCAACAAAGAGACAAUUAAUUGGCAAGCGACUUUGAGAUCUGCCGAUACUAAAUGUAACGAACGGAUGCUUAAAGACCCAACGAAUCAUUUUAGGUGAUUAAAUCUUCUCUAGUCUAUUUGAAUAUACUUCGGCAACUUGCCGAAUAAAUGACAAGAUAAGAAACUGAAGACGAAUAUGCUGAGUUUCUACAUAACAAGGUAGUAUGUAUAUUUUAGUAUGUUGACAAAUUUUUUAUUGCUAUUGUGCGAUAACAAUAAGUGUAACGGCAAUUAAAAAGAGAUUUUAAAGUCUUUAUAAAGAAAAUUUAAAUCAUGUGACAUUUCUUUAACUAUGCAACAGAUACUAAUUCAAAUUUUUU